AUGAAGCUCAUCCUCACCACCCUGGCCGCCACCCUCCUUGCUCCCAUCGCUGCUACUAGAGUUAACGGUUACAGUUUGUCAAUGGCUUUUCUGAAGAAGUAUCUUUUAAUCACCACGUCUGAUAUCUCCCUUGACUUCGGAGCAAAUCUGAAAUUUGUCGACGCGCCAAAGGGUCUUGAGAGAUGGUACGCUCUACAUAUGAAGGCUAACGUCGAUCCCAAGACUGACCCGGUAGCGCAAGGUGUGGUCAAACAAAUGCUAGUCACCGCUAUGAGCCAUCUGAAAGAUCCAUCAGAUGCGUCGCUCAUUUUGGCUUUCAAGAAUGGAACUUGA